UAGGCGCGACGUCCCGCCAGUCAGGGCCCCGCCGUUGCCGCUGUGAGGGCGCGGUGUGAUGGCGGCCGUGGAGCUGUUCUCGCACCCCGCGCUGCACACGCGGUACCGCGCCGGCCUCUGCUCCGCCGCCGCGCUGGCGCUGCUGCUUGUCACGCUGCUCACCUACGUGCCGCCGCUGCUCGUGGCCUACCGGAGCCACGGUUUCUGGCUGAAGCAGAGCUCGUACCUGGAGCAGCCCACAGUGCGGUUCCGGUACGAGCUGCUCCUCGUGGCCACCACCGGGGCCGGCCCGGGCAGCUUCUUGGCGUGGAGCACGUUUCCAGCGUUCAACCGGCUGCAGGGGGAGCGGCUGCGGGUCCCGCUGCUGUCGACUAGAGAAGAAGACAAAAACCAAGAUGGCAAAAUGGAUCAGUUGCAUUUUAGAUUGGAACUUCCACUGCAACCUACAGAGCAUGUAGUUGGUGUUCAGCUGAUUCUACUCUUUUCCUACCAGCUUUAUAGGAUGUCAACGUUUGUGAUGCAGAGCAUGGCUUUUCUUCAGUAUUUUUCUCCUGUGCCAGGGUCUCAGCUGUAUAUGAAUGGAGACCUGAAACUGAAGCAGAGGCAAUUACUUAACUAUUGUGGACUGGAUACCAGAUACAAUGUGUCUCUGAUCAAUGGCACAAGUCCCUUUGCAAGUGACUAUGAUCUAACAAACAUCAUUGCAGCAUAUUGGGAUAGAAAUGUUACAACAGUCUUUUCAGAUCCCAACCCUCUCUGGAUGGCUGGAAGAGCAACAGAUACACCAUUUACCAUUAAUGCCACUAUUCAUUACCCAGUGGAAGUUAUCUUAUAUCAGCCAGGAUUUUGGGAAGUGAUUAAAUUUGCCUGGAUCCAGUAUGUCAGCAUUCUCCUUAUAUUUCUUUGGGUGUUUGGUAGGAUUAAAAUGUUUAUAUUCCAGAAUCAUGUGUUGACUACAACUUCAGUAACACCAGUUGUGCCAGUGUCUCCAGUACUGUCCUACAAACAGCACCAGUCCUGAGGAGGUACUUGAGAAUACUUGAAAGAAAUGAAGUUCAAAAAAUA